GCUAGCUCGCUUGAUUUGUUUUUGUUGGCUCUCUCUCCCCAACUUACUUCUGAAUUUCUGGUACACCCACUUUAGAAUCUACCAUUUUCCCUCACAUUCUGGGGUUCUUUCUUAUGUGAGUCUCUCCACAGUUUUGGAUUGAAACUUUUAGAGAACAAGGUCCAGAUCAUGUAAUUGAGGUGGUUAUUUGCUUCUGUUUGCCUCUUCUUCAAAUGGCAAUCUCUUGCGCAUCAGGUUUUUGAGAGAAAGCCUUGUUAGGAACACCCAUUGAUUUAGUGGAGGCUAUCCAAGUAGCGUAGGUAGUAGUAAUAUAGUAGAGGUAGAAGCAUGGAGGAGACAUUUGUGCCUAUGCGCGGAAUUAAGAAUGACCUUAGAGGAAGAUUGAUGUGCUACAAGCAAGACUGGACUGGUGGCUUUAGAGCAGGAUACAGGAUUUUGGCUCCCACCACAUACAUCUUUUUUGCUUCAGCAAUCCCUGUCAUUUCAUUUGGUGAACAACUGGAGCGAAGUACUGAUGGGGCUUUGACAGCAGUGCAAACCUUAGUUUCUACGGCUGUUUGUGGAAUCAUACACUCCAUAAUUGGAGGUCAACCCUUGCUGAUAUUGGGUGUGGCUGAGCCUACUGUAAUUAUGUACACCUUCAUGUUUAAUUUUGUCAAGGAACAAAAUGACUUGGGUGCAAAGCUGUUUCUGGCAUGGGCAGGAUGGGUAUGUGUAUGGACAGCAGGGUUGCUGUUCUUAUUGGCUAUUUUGGGUGCUUGUUCCAUUAUCAACAGGUUCACCCGUAUAGCUGGAGAACUGUUUGGCCUCCUUAUUGCUAUGCUCUUCAUGCAGCAAGCCAUAAAAGGACUUGUGGAGGAGUUUCGCAUACCACAAAGAGAAGAUACAAGUUUAGCGCAGUUUAUGCCUUCAUGGAGGUUCGCAAAUGGGAUGUUUGCUUUGGUAUUGUCAUUUGGCCUUCUUCUCACUGCUUUAAAAAGUCGGAAAGCAAGGUCUUGGCGCUAUGGCUCCGGUUCUCUUAGAGGCUUCAUAGCAGAUUAUGGAGUGCCACUUAUGGUUCUAGUCUGGACUGGUGUAUCUUACAUACCAACUAGUAGUGUUCCAAAAGGAAUCCCACGACGGCUCUUUAGCCCAAAUCCAUGGUCACCUGGUGCAUAUGAGAAUUGGACUGUCAUUAAGCAAAUGCUUGAUGUUCCAAUCCUGUACAUCAUUGGAGCUUUCAUUCCAGCCACAAUGAUUGCAGUGCUUUAUUAUUUCGACCACAGUGUAGCAUCCCAACUUGCUCAGCAGAAAGAGUUCAAUUUGAGAAAGCCAUCGUCUUACCAUUAUGACUUGCUUCUUUUGGGGUUUCUGACCUUAAUGUGUGGUCUGCUAGGAAUUCCUCCAUCAAAUGGUGUCAUUCCACAGUCUCCGAUGCAUACUAAGAGUUUGGCUACUCUUAAACAUCAGUUGCUACGUAAUAAGCUUGUAGCAACAGCACGGAAAAGUAUGCGAAAGAAUGCUAGCUUGGGACAGCUGUAUGGAAAUAUGCAAGAAGCCUAUCAUCAAAUGCAGACUCCUUUGGUUUACCAGAGUGCCUCGUCUCUGGGACUGAAUGAGUUAAAAGAAUCAACUAUCCAGGCAGCUUCAAGUAUGGGAAACUAUAUUGAUGCGCCAGUUGAUGAUACAGUGUUUGAUGUAGAGAAAGAAAUUGACGAUCUAUUGCCUGUUGAGGUGAAAGAACAGCGUCUUAGUAACAUACUUCAAGCUGUACUGGUUGGAGCAUGUGUUGCAGCCAUGCCUAUACUAAAAAAGAUCCCAACAUCAGUCCUCUGGGGCUACUUCGCUUUCAUGGCCAUUGAAAGCUUACCGGGUAACCAAUUUUGGGAAAGGAUCUUAUUGCUCUUUACUGCUCCCAGUAGAAGAUACAAAGUCCUCGAGGAGUACCAUGCAACUUUUGUAGAAACUGUGCCUUUCAAGACAAUUGUGAUGUUUACAAUUUUCCAAACUGUGUACUUGCUUAUAUGUUUUGGGCUUACUUGGGUUCCAAUUGCCGGGGUCAUGUUUCCUUUGAUGAUCAUGCUUUUGGUCCCUGUGAGACAAUACUUUCUGCCCAAGUUUUUCAAAGGAGCUCAUCUUCAGGACUUGGAUGCAGCAGAGUAUGAAGAGGCUCCAGCUUUACCAUUUAAUCUUGCAGCGGAGACAGAGCUGGGAGCUGGAGCUUCCUGUGCUGGAGAUGCAGAAAUACUAGAUGACGCUUUUACCCGUAGCAGAGGUGAGUUUAAGCAUGUGAGCAGUCCUAAGAUCACAAGUACAACUUCAACACCGGCAAAUGCCCCUAGAAGCCUCGAGAGUCCACGUGUCUCCUUCAGUCCGCGAAUCAGUGAGCUAAGAGGAGUGCCAAGUCCUCGUUCUGGUGGAAGAGGGCCGCAUAGUCCAAAGACUGGAGAAGUGAAGCCUUCCAUUCUGGGAAAGAGCCUUAGUAAGAGCAACUCGACAUCAUAAUAUCUGCACACUAUGCUCCUACCUUUAAUUAAGAAGUUUAUAGAUGGCUUUCACCAUAUUCUCGCCAAUUGUUGGUUUGUUUUGUCUUGUUUUUCUUUGGUUUGUUGUAAAGAGCUGUUCCUUGUUUUGCUUCCAUGCCUCUGAGGGACUUGUAAUCGUAGCAUAUGUUAGCAUUGUCUUCAUUAAUUGUGUAACAAUUAUCCUAGUGAGUGUUUUUCUCUCUGACUAUGUACCUUCUUC